AUGAGUGGUUUACAAGCACAAGAGAGGGCGUGUUCCCUGAGCCAGCCAAGCAAAGAUGUGGCUGCCGCCGAAACAAAGCCAAAGAAGAGGAUAUGUUGUGCUUGUCCGGAUACAAAGAAGCUAAGAGAUGAGUGCAUUGUAGAAAACGGUGAAUCUGCCUGCACGAAAUGGAUCGAAGCUCAUCGUAUGUGUCUUCGGUCAGAGGGUUUCAAAGUUUGAGAAUUGUUUAAAGACAAAUGUCAUGGAGUGAGGAAAUGAUUAGUGACAAUAGAUUGUUGAUUUUGUUUUUCUGAACUUACACAACAAGUCAUGUAAUAACAGAGCAAACAGAAAGGGUUACAUUGGUCAAGAUCAAAUCAAAACUAUAUAUGUACUCAAUUACUCACAUUUAUCAGUGAUUUCUUAUAUCUCCAA